UCCGUGAUUGGAGCUGAAGCCGUAGCCGGAAUACGACGCCACCUCCUGACCAAACUGCUGGAGCAAUCCUUAGUAUCAGGCUUACAAUCAUUACAUCAGCAACUACUGCAGCCACCACCCCCUCAACACACAACCAAUCCGCAUCGGCCGGUACAGAGUAACCGUAACCAUGACAACGCGAGAGGUAACCAUGUGCACGUGCUUGAGUUUGCGCGGGAAUGUAUCGUACGCCACGUGGUCAUGCGUAAGCACGUGGGUGCGUGUAGAAAAGAUGUGAGAGACGGCACCAGAACGCAACAGCCACACACGCAGGGCAUGGGAAAUAACGAAGACACGCAAGGAAAGAGUCAUGUCCAGGCAGGCACAAAUACGCAUACGGAUACAGAUUCGAUUAGGGGUAUGAAUACGAAUAUUGAUAAACGUAUGAGAACAAAUAUGCACACAGACACAGAAGGGCGACCGGGAGAACAAAUAAACGCACGCACUGCUGUAGGUACACGCAUGGGUACACCGAAACCGACCACGACCAUCGGAGACACACGCGGAAGCACGCACACAACACCAUCUGCAGCACUCGACAGCAAUAGGCGAAACACAAGCACACGCUUACAGGGCCACAGCGCCACCGCACCCGUUGCAGACAAAACGUUUGACCGCGGCAAACCGAGAACUUAUUUUGCCACAGAUCAAGGAAAUGCCACGGAUCUGCGAAGCGGCGAUGAGCAAUCCGCUACUGGCCGAACGAUAAAUACAGAUCUUCAAAAACGUAGUAGUUCUUCUGUAGAGAGUGUGCGCUUCUCGAUCAGGCCUCGCUUUGCUAAAGACUUCAAG